UUAAUUCCUCAUACAAGCUAAAAAAUGAUGAACCUAACCGCCCAAACAGGGAGAAUGGCCGAGAGCCUGGCCGCAAUGGCCGCCCAAACAGGCAAAGCCUUGGCCGGCCUCACAGUAAUGUUUGCCAUGUUCCAAAACUACUUUCCCUGCGAACUUCGCAACAUAAUCAUGGAAUGCUAUGAGAAGCUCGUCAAUUUCGUGUACCCAUACAUCCAGAUCACCUUCCCUGAGUUCCAAGGCGACGGCUUCCGCCGCAGCAAAGCCUACUCCACCAUCGAGAGGUACCUCAACGCCAAAUCCACCAAGCAGGCCAAACGCCUCGAGGCAUACGUCUUCGACGACUGCGACUCUGUAGUCCUCUCCGUCGCCAACAAUGAGGAGGUCACCGACGAGUUCAAAGGCAUCAAGGUCUGGUGGACUUCCCGUGAGCAUAACCCGAAUAAGCAGUCCAUCUCCUUCUGGCCGAGGUGGGAUGAGAAGAAGUAUUUCCGCCUCACAUUCUACCGGAAACACCGCCACCGCAUCACCGCCGAAUAUCUCAAGCACGUGAUGGAAAAGGGGAAGGCGAUCACGGUGCAGGAGCGCCGCCGGAAGCUCUGUACUAAUAAAGCUGGAAACGGCGCAUCUGGCACCGGAUGUGGCUCCAGCCGCGGCGGGAUCUGGAGCGAGGUGGUGUUCGAGCAUCCAGCAAAAUUUGCUACUCUGGCCAUGGAUCCGAUCAGGAAAGAGCAAAUCGUUAAGGAUUUGUUGUAUUUUUCCAAGUCGGAGGAGUAUUAUAAGAAUGUGGGGAGGGCGUGGAAGAGGGGGUACCUUCUGUACGGACCCCCCGGCACCGGAAAAUCCACCAUGAUCGCUGCUAUGGCUAAUCUGUUACAAUACGACGUGUACGACCUCGAGCUGACGGCCGUGGACAACAACACCGAGCUGCGGAAGCUGCUGAUCAACACCACCAGCAAGUCGAUCAUUGUGAUUGAGGACAUCGACUGCUCGAUUGAUGUCACAGCAAAGAGGGAGGACGAGGAGGAUGAGGACGAGGACGAGAACGAGGAAGAUGGAGAAGAGAAGAAUCCAGUGAAUGAGGAGAAAAAGAAGAAAAAGAAGAAAAAGAAGCAGAGUAAGGUGACUCUUUCGGGGCUACUGAACACCAUUGAUGGGCUGUGGUCGGCGUGUCCGGGUGAGAGGAUUAUCGUUUUUACGACGAAUCAUGUGGAGAAGCUGGAUAAGGCUCUGAUCAGGAGGGGUAGAAUGGAUGAGCACAUAGAGCUGUCUUAUUGUGGAUUUGAGGCAUUUAAGAUAUUGGCCAAGAAUUAUUUGGAGGUUGAUUCGCAUGAAUUGUUUGCUAAGAUUAGGCAGCUGCUCAGCGAGACGGAGAUGUCGCCGGCCGAUGUGGCUGAUAAACUGAUGCGGAAAUCCGAUGGGGAAGAUGCGGAUGGUAAUUUGAUGAGAUUAAUCAAGGCGUUGGAGGAGGUACGAGAGAAGAACAAGGCUGCUAAACUAGAGGAAAAAGAAAAGAAGUUUGCAAAGGGAAAUGAGAUUGGCGAUCAAGCAUUGAAAAGAAAAUGGCCACCUAAUUAAAUUGUAAUCUAUGUGCACGAUGGUUGUUGUAACACUCUUUAUUAUAUUGCUCCGCUAAGACCAUUAACCGAGCUAUUUCUA